UACACGAGACUUUUAUUAUAGAGUUAAAGUUUAUUAGUUUAGGCAUGUUUCAGGUCAUUGUUCUCCCAAUAUCAUCCCGGAAUGCAAAGAUCGCUAACGAUGAAAUAAACACUCGAAAAGCAAUUAUGCUGGUUGUUAAUUUGAUUACCGGCAUUACCGCCAAAGAACGGAAUAUUUCAAAAAAAAGUAUGAAGCCAUCGAAUUCUACAACCGAGAUUAUGUACUUCCAUACGACAGACGGCAAAAGAACCCUGAUCUAAAAAGCCAGAAAAGCGCCCAAAGUUGCAUAAAUUUGCAGAUUUAGUCAAUCACAGCAGUUUCCCUCUCAUCUUCCCGCUUGAUUACGGUACCGCUAAUUAACACUCCUAUCGUCACAAGAUUGCAGAAUUGACGGUAUUGUGCAUG